AUGAACGAUAAUAUAUGCGAACAGUUUAGAGACUGGUACGAGCGACCAGCGGCGCGCCUCGCGUGCUCAGAAACGUUCAACAAACGUUGCGAUUGAACUAUUGUUAUUCUAGAUUAUAUCUUAGUAUUAUAAACAGUUUUAAAGCGAUUCUAUACAUUAAAUAAAACGAUAAAAGUUAUAAAACAACGUGUUUAGUAUCGAGUAACAAAUCCAACAUCUUCCAACAUCAACCAGCAUUACCUCACAUAGUGUGCAAGCGAGGCCAACAAUUUUGCAUCCAACAAUGUUGGUGGAAGACCACUAAUAUGUAGGGUUGGGCGAUAUUUCGAUAUUUUGAUUUAUCGCGAUAUUUUCGAUCGCGAUUAUCGUAUCGAAGGUAGAAACUUGAGCGACGAUAUAUCGAAAUUAUCGUCAUGCUCGAUGACUAUUGUGAUGUUGCUUCGCAUGUAUAUAUAGCUUUUAUGAAAUCCUAAAAAAUUCUUUCAAUUCCUUGAAAAUAUAGUUUUUAAAAGAAUUAAAACUAUUUCCUGAAUUAAAUACGAAUUUAAUACGAUAAAAUGAAAUGAAAUUGCAGGCGAAACAGCGAGGACACAGUGGACAUUAGAUUAUAUAUACGCUUACUAUCCAGCUUGAUAUUAAUUAAAAUUAAUCAUUGUUUUUAUUUCAUUUAUCGCGAUAUUAUCGAAUAUCGUGAUAAUUUCCUUGACAAUAAUCGUGAGAUGAUUUUUUUAAUAUCGCCCAACCCUACUAAUAUGUUGGCCUCGUUUGAAUGGACCUUAAGAUAGUCAGUUAAAACUCUUACACCCUGCGGAAACCAUUGAUUACAAAAUAAUCCUCGAAAUUGCUUUCAAGCAUUGCAUUGAAGUAUUCUACACCUGCACAUUUCAGAAAGUUUCAGUCCGGCCCAAAAUUCCUCAUGCAAGAAGCCCCUAAUAUACUGUGAGCGUGUACUGAACAGUCGUAUCUUUCUAUUCUAGUGUUUGUUGCUGUUUAUGCAAUAAUGAUGGUCGGAGCGUGUUUGGACAAGGAAAGAUCAUUCAGUUUGCUCGUUUCUACGAAGACUGUUAUUCUUCAGGGGAACAACGGGAGAGUUUUGGAAUGCAUAAUCAACUUUUUAGUAAUGAUAGAAUGUUGGAUGAUCAUAGUAGAUCAGGAUAUCCCAUGUUGAAGAGAUCAGCCAGUCAUGAUAGUGUACACGCUAGUGUCAGGUAUGGAAAUAUACUCUAAAGAGAUGUCAUUUUCCGACUAAACUAAACUAUUCUGAACCAUGGAAAUGUUUUUUAUGAUCCAUGACUGAACUUAAUUAAACAGACAAAAGUAGGAAUUAAUAUUCAGGGAGGGUUGUGUAUUAGAUAAGGGACGUUUAACAGAGAGGGCCGUCUAUUACAAAAUUCUAGUUUGACCUGGGCGUCUACUACAUACAGGGCGUUCAUUAGAAGGUGGACAUUAGAUCAUUAAGAGUAAUGUAAUUGUUGAUUUUGUUGUUAUUGGACAUUCAGCAUUGAAAGCCUCAAGAAUAAUAAUGACAAGAAUAUGAUACAACUUUCUUUAGUGUAACCGAACCACACUGUUGAUUCGUUAAAGACAGCUUAUUAGCCUCUUUAUUAGUUCGUCAAUAUUCAUGUCCUAAUUUUUUUGUCCCACAGGAAUUUUGAACGUGCUCACAAACGGCGCAGAACAAACAGUUGGGAAGAGACUGGUGACCAGUUAAUAUCACCACCGAGCGAGGACACGCUGUCUCAGUUUGGUUAUGAUAAGAAGAAAACUCUGUCAGAAAUUUGUGAUGCUCGUGGUGACUUGUGGGUACAUGAAAAAUGUGCAACAUGGACAGCAGCAACUGCUAAUAGUGAAGAGAAGCUUUCGGUGACUAACCUCGUGGGAAAGGCAAUUGCCACGGUAACUCUUGUAAUAAUUUACACCGGGUACAGAACAGAAUUUAACGUUUAAGCAGUUAGUUCCAUAUCUUCAUAAUAAAACCCAAGCUUUAAUAUUAUCGAACAUAAAGUUGAUUAAACGCGGGUCUAUAUCUACUGGAACGCUGUACUAAUUGCUCUAUCGAGUCAAUUGGUGAGGGUACAAAUUCAAACCCAUGCUUAAGUGCGUGAGAUAUUCUCGCGUCCUAGUAACAAAAAUCUGUCUGAGGUGCCCUAGCCUGCGUAGCAGGCGUUUAGUGAGGGCGGAGAAGAGAGGGCGUCUAGAAGUGCCCUGAAGAGUGGAACUACAGUAACUUCAAUGAAGCGAAAUCCGUUGAAGCGUUAUCACUCUCUGUGAAUGUCAGUUCAUUCUUAUCAAAUCCAAUGGAUUUGAGACUGUUUAAACUAUUCACUCCUUGGAGCAAAAUAAGUAUACUGAUAUAGUUAAACUGUUCGUGAACUGUUAAAUCAGCAAUAUUUCACUAAACAGUUGUUAUUUUAUACAGGCUUGUACUUGGUGUAAGCAUUAUGGUGCCAGUGUCUGUUGUGCAGUUCCUCAUUGUAACAACGUGUUUCAUUUGCCAUGCGCAGUAGCAGCUGGAGUUUACCAGGUAUGCUCAAUACACCGUUCCGGAAACAACUUAGCCAUGGCUACAGAGCCUCGUUUUUGGGAUUCAGAUAUCGGCUUAUUGUUUAAUUAUAUAACGGUCUUUUGUAUUAUCUAAUAUAACUUUGUAAUUUCGUAAAUGUAUCGGCUGUGGCAAGAUGAAAGAUUCUAAACCUAAUAUCUCAAGCACGAAAACGAGGCUCUAUGGCCAAGGUUAAGUACUGUCCGGAAGGGUGUAUUAAAACCAAUGAAAGAAACGAACCAGACAUAGUAAACACCGCGGGAAAUCGUCUGGGCAUGCGUCACCCUUACUGAAAUUUGCCUUGCGAACCUGGUGUCAAGAAUGUCAAGUGUUCCGAAGGUUGUCAAAAACUCAAAAUGUUAACUAGUUAAAAUAUGGAACUAUACCUGUAAAGUUCUACCUCCUACCACCUUCGCCACCCUCUUUUCGUUUAAAAGAAACAUUAGAAGCACGUAUAAACACUUGCUUGGGGACAAUGUUCGACAUAGAAAUGCCAUGUACAUGGUCAUUAGUGCGUGACUGGCCAUGUUAUGGAACUUAGUAAAUAAUUAUGUUUGAUGUUUGUACUGUUUUGUAUUGUAUUGUAUUGUAUUGUAUUGUAUUGUAUUGUAUUGUAUUGUAUUGUAUUGUAUUGCAUUGUAUUGUAUUGUAUUGUGUUCUAUUUUAUUGUUUUGUGUAAUUUUAGAAUUGUAAGCACCUUGCAUGGGACUUUGUCUCGUUCGUGCUUGAUAUUGUCUAUUUGGGUAUUCUACUUAUUUCUAUAUAGAAAUGCUUUUUUUAAAAACUUUGUAGAAUUCUUACUAAAAUUGUUAAAGAAAACACUAAUAAAAUAAAUGAAGUUAAUCACCUUCCAUGUACUCAUAUUCUAUAAAUUGCAUUACGGUAAGGCAAAGAUUUGGAAGCAAUGAAAACUAUAUCUGUAAAAACACCAAUUGGAUUUUAUGUCCAUUUUUAAUUUCAUUUUCCUAACAGAAUGUACGCAGCUUGAAGGCAUACUGCUUGGACCAUCCUCAGGUUUUGCAAAACAUAGGUAAGUAUUCACUAUAAUUUUGAGAUAAAAUCACUAGUUUUCUGCAUGAGAGUGCAAACAUUUGUGUCCAAUGUGUCAUUCAGUCGGUCAAUUGGUCAUUUGUCGGUCGGUCCGUCAGCCAAAGAGCCUGUCUUGCGCGAAGUAGAGAUUUUAUAAACCAAUGCAAUGUUUUUCAUUCCUAGCAUUUUGCAGUACUUGCAACUGUCCUGGUGAAGUAGGCAAUAUUUUGUUCUGUAUAAACUGUGGUUACCAAGCGCAUGGACAAUGUGUCAGUCCUUCGACAAGAGUUACACCUGCUGUAAGACUGGGCUGGGAAUGUAGGCGAUGCAAGAGAUGUCAGGUUUGCAGGUAAAUAUAUCAUGCAUAUCCAAUACUGUCGCAUUUCACAAAUCGAUACUUGCAAUUGAAUAUUAGUCAGGGACGUUAGCUGAACCUGCUAUGAAUGGAAACGAUGUACCUAGGCUUCCUCAGCCAUGAAUUACAACAUUGCUUCUUGUUCUCUCCCAGCCUCAGAAAUGUAGGAACACACUUGUGUGAUUUUUGUGCAAGUUCUUGUAUUUCACUGCUGAAGAUAAUAAACAAUAUUUAGAUUAUAGGCUUCAUUUUGGUACCAUUUGAUCUUUAUUGUAUAUUUUAACAAAUUUUCACACUGAUAUUACAGGCACUUGAUUGAAGUGAAGAGAUCAUUAACAUGUCGAAGUUGUGACCGGGGCUACCAUCUUUCAUGUAUUGAGGAAGGUAGAAAUCCACAAAUUGAUCAGUUUGCUGCAGUCUGGCAAUGCAAGGUAAUGUUAUUGCUCCAGUUUAUAAUUUAGCCCUUAUAUAUACCUGCCAAUACAAAGCCUUCUAAACGUGGGGAACCAGUAGCAAAGCACUAUCCUCUUGACGAAGUCAAGAAUAGCCUUGCUCGUAAUGUCGAUACAUUUUUUUCAGUACACUUUGUCAGCACUUAGUCACUUAGUGCCGGACAUCACUAAAAUUGGAAUGUUAUAAUAAUAAUAAUAAUAAUUUUAGACACUAUUGAAAAUGCAAACAUAUAUUUACAUGUGGUCCGGCAGCAAGCGCAAAAAAGAGACUGGGGCAAAUUUUGUCGUGAUAGGAAGUUUUCACACAAAACUUUCAUGACUGGCUUUUCGAAAAACUAAUUUAUACUACAGUGUGCACUGUAUAGCUACUUUCUAAAAUAGAUAAUCAUAUAUUAACAGUAUUUAAUGUAUCUUUCACUUUUCAUCAAUUUAAUUAUGCAGUAUCACACUGUACCAGACAUACUGUCCAGUGAGAAAAGCAUUUUGCCGGACAUUUGCUUUUUUCGUGUCGGACAGUGUCCGUGUCUGGCCGCUUAUUUUCAGGCUUGCUCUUAAAUACCCAGGUUUUCUUGAACAAUUCAUUCUGCUGGCCGUUUCAUGUUACUGGUUCAACUGGAUUUUUUUUUUUUAUAUUCUCUUCAAUAUUUGCAAUACUGUACUUUAGAAAUGUCGUAGGUGUCAAAGUUGUGGCAAACGUAUUCCCAAUGCCCAAAUACCAGUGAAAGGAAAUGAAGACAUGUUGUGCGAUGAAUGUCAAACGUUAAAAAGUAGAGGUCGUUGUCCAUUGUGUAAUAAAGGUUUUUGUCCUCCUUCGUCUGCCACUGUUGCCGUACAAUGUGAUACUUGUAAAAAGUAAGUGCUCUAACAUUCGUUUAUAAUACAUCUUCCUCACGAUUUUUCAGUUGAUUGAAAAUGAAAUAUAUUGAUGGAGCAACCGAUGGUGUAUAAAAGCGGUUGUUGAAUUGUUGUCGUUGUCGUUGUUGUUGUCGUCAUCGUCGUUGUCGUCGUCGUUGUCGUUGUUGUCGUCGUUUGUUGUUUUCGUUGUUGUUUUCGUUGUCGUCAUCGUUGUCGUCAUCGUUGUCGUCGUUGUCGUCAUCGUUGUUGUUGCCGUCGUCGUUGUUUUCGUUGUCGUCGUUGUCGUCGUCGUUGUUGUUGUCGAUGAGCAUACUGACGACUAUGAUUACUUGUUAGGUGGUUGCACAUGACAUGUGCGGAAGUAGAUCAAGACACAUACAACAGAGUUCAAAAUGAUGAUGAGUUGAUCUUUGUGUGUGAAUCUUGUAAUCAAGAAGAGUUAUCUUCUACUGCCAGUCAGGUAUACUUUCUUCUUUAUCUUUGUUAGGCAGUUGUUAUAGAAGGUUUGAAAUAUGAGGCCGUUCGUUUAAAUUACAGUAUAUUAUUAUAAUUAUUCUAUUAUAAGAUUAUUCUUUAACGAUAAAGAUUCCCUGGACAAUGAUCUAAGGCCUGUUUCAUACGUCGAAUUUAAUUCAGACGAAUUUAAUUCGUUAUUAAAUUCGUCAAUUGGUCGACACUAAAAUGGUUUCGUUUCAAACGACGAAUUUAAUUCAGACGAAUUCAUUUCAUGUUUAGCGAUCAUGGAUUACCCAGAAGUAAAAAACCACGAGACCAGAAAGAGAGAAACAGACUUUAACAUAAUUUAUGCAUUUAAUUCGACACGACGAUAACACGUCGUAUGAAACGAAGACGCGCUACAGACGUUGUAUUCGUCUGACCAUGACGGAUACAACGUCUUGGACGAAUUUAAUUCAUCAGACGGAUUUAAUUCGUUUCAUACGACGCACUAACGUCGCAUUUAAUUGGUUCAAUUAAAUUCGUCUGAAUUAAAUUCGACGAUAGUGCGACGUAUGAAACGGGCCUAAUUCGUUAAAAGAAACAAACGCCGAAGAUUAAUUUCAUCUUGAAAUUCAAGAUUUGAAUGAAAACAAGACGAGCUUUUACUGUCGUUCCAAUUGAAGUGUUGCUCAAAUAUUGAUUCAAUACAUUACCUCGGGCUGACCAAUACAUUUGAUCAAGUUUCUCGAGAUAUUCAUACACUUCCUGUGAAAGAGCCAAUUCCAAGUAUUUGAUCAUUUCUGGUCACUUCCUUUCUAUUUAUGAUUGGUUAGUUGCACAAACAACAAAAGUGAUUGGUGCAUUCAAACUAUUCAACAGGAAGUUUACAAUUAUACUAGGAAGUGUAUGAAUAUUUCGAGGAACUUGAUGAAAUGAAUUGGUCAGCCCGAGGUAAUGUAUUGAAUCAAUAUUUGAGCAACACUUCAAUUGGAACGACAGUAAAUUGUAAAUUUUCGACUUUAUUUCAAAGUCAUCAACAGACUUUGAAAUAAUAUUCGAAUAUUUACAGUUUAAAUGCUUGUCUCAUUUCGAAUCAAGUCUUGAAUUUCAAGAUACAUGGUUUUUGGACUAGUUUGUUAAGAUAAAUGCAUGAAACACCUUGUGAAAUACAAAUAUGAUAACCCGUUACAAAAGUGUUCAAAUAGGUUAGUUAUACUUCAGUUUUGCUAGUACAGGAUGAAAGUCACCUAUCAUAUGUGGUCGUGUGGUUUGGUGAAAAUUACUGCACGCUGGGUAACUGGGUGUACCGUAAACAUUGACACGUGUUUUAAGGCCACGUUACACGGUGCAAUUUUUCUUGCAACUUGCAAUGCAAUUCUACUCUUGAGAGAUGUUAAUUAGUGAAAUCAGUGAAGAAUUUUCGAUAUGUUGAGAAAACAUCAGCGGAGUGUAAUGAAGACUCGUAUUUGGCAAUUUUACAUCUCUCAAGAGUAGAAUUGCAUUGCAAGUUGCAAGAAAAAUUGCACCGUGUAACAUGGUCAACUCUAAAAUUGCACCGUGUAACAGGGUCAACGGCUCUAAAACAAAAUACAGUUAUCAGAGUGAGUCGAUUGUUCGUUUUAUGUAUUAGCCUUGUGUUCGGUGGAAAAUACAUGGAAUUUCAUAUCAUUUUCUCACUCCAGUACAGCAUUAGCAUCAACACAUUUGAGGUUGACCCCCCAUUCACUGCAUAAUGCCAUUGUGAAACCCAAGAAUAGAAACAGUGCUAUAUUUGAAAGCAUUCCUCAAUAAAGACCCUAAAUAUCACGUUGGGUGCCUCAACAAUUUUCAGCAUACACUCAAAACGAGGACUCGGGGGAAGUUGUCCCCUUCAUCUCGGCCUGUCAGGGCUAAUUGAGUUAAAUUUUCCUCCCAGGCAAACGAGGACGAGGAGAAACCAGAGCAAGACACAGAUACUGAGGUGAAUUCUGGAGAUUCGAGUGUCGAGAAUUCCGACCAGAUCUCAAUUUUCCAAGAAUUACGUUCUAAACAUAUCGCUAUUCAAGAAGAAGUAACCCAAGCCACAACCAGUUGGUCAACUAGUGAGCCAUUACAAUGGUCGCGACUUCGGUUAGCUUAUUCAUUUGAAUAUUACUAUACAAAACAACAAGUAGGAGCGAUGUCAAAGAUGCAUUCACGUGUUUCAGAGACCAUCACAUCUCCCACAUUACCCAGUUCUGCUGAAUCUUCGGGAUAACUCCGGAAAAUAAUGCUUUUACAAGCGUUAUCAUGUUUGGAUCUUUUGAUCUGUUACGGUAAAUGUCUGUUGGUAAGUAAAAUACGUUAAUCUAGCCUCCUUCACAGGAAUCUCAUCAGUUGUUGGGCUGGCCAUAAUCAAAUAUUUCACUGCCGGUCAAACUAGGAGAUACCUGGGGAAGAGGCUAAGUACAUUCUAAAUUGGUAAAAUAGUUGUUUCGAGUUUUAGUAUAAACAUGAAGGAGAUUCAACCCUCGAUUUCGCUUGACUGCCAACUUUUAUCUCUUUUAAUGUCUUAGCUAGACUUAUACACCUUUCCUUCAUUUCAUUAGCAUGCUCGCUCUCUUUCGUGCUUUUGAAAACGUUUGCAUUCUUAUCACUAGUUAACACAGUCUUAUAUUUGAUAUAGAUGCUUAUAGUUCUCCUAGAUAAAAAAACCAACUCUCCAAGUAAAAAGAGCAGAAAUGCAUCUCUGAUCAUGUUUUGUUUUAGCGUAAUAUGGGCAAUACCCUGGAUGAAGGGGUCUCUUUAUUCAUGCAAAAGUAGUAAGCUUAUGGUUUUCACUUAUAAUUACCUACUUUCAGGCAAUUUUUACGCUAAAUGACUGUGAUUAUAUGUUCAAAUCUAAGACUGUUAUUAACUAUUCAUGAUCAAAAAUUUGUUAUACGUCAUUUGGGUAUUUUAUUGUUACUCUCGAUUUCAAUUUGCUUUUGAAAUAUGACUUCGAAUUCGGAAUGUUCGUUGCAAAGUUCCGAAAUUCGUUUUGAAGUUCAUUCUGAUUAUUUACGACGAUUCAAUAGUUAGCUGUUAGCAAUUUGAUUGGCUGGCUUAUCUAACUAGCCAAUCACAACUUACAAAUCUUGAUCAUCGUAAAUCAUCGGAACAUUCCGAAUUUAUAAACAAACAUUCGAAGUCAGAUUUCAAAAGCAAAUUGAAGUCGAGAGUAAAUUAAUCCGAACCUACGGUGUUUCUAAUACAGUAAGAAAAUGUACAUAGUGUAGAUAGUUGAUUUUAGAUGAAGUAGUUUAGUAAAUUUCGGAAAUUAUUUAGAAGUAAUCAAUAUUGUAAAUUGUGCUGCAUAGAUAUGUCAUAUAGCAAAAUCGAAUAAGUACGAUUGCCAUUCAGUUUAUAUGCUAUUCUAGCACGUGAGUAAUGAUUUAAACCUGUAUACAUGUAUACAUGUAUUUAAGGUGCUGUAUUUCCUAAGAAUUCGAGUUCUUAGUGAAUCUCGAUUAACACUUGUCAUAGCAAUCAUGGUGCUUUGUUACGUUUUGUCACUCUGAGGCCAGCGAAAUAACCUCUUCCCGUUGAAACAGGCUAUGGAUUCAUGUUUCGCUGUUGGUUAGGAUUAAGAUCAGGAUUUGGAAACCACGGGACAUGCGGGAAAUAGGGACGUUACCACAGAAUCACAGAGUAGAGACAUACAGAGACGUAACUGACCGUCGUAAACACUGCGGAAGAUUACGUUAUCAUGUACCCACUUUUUUUCAGGCGACCGGCCGCAAAUUGAUCAACUGCGCGUGCUCAGCAAGUUUAAAGUAAGUCGUCAUCAGGUCGUCAUCCAAUCAAAUGCAUGCAUCUAGUAACUUGCCGAGCAUGCGCACAAAAAAAGUGGGUACACUAGUUACGUCUCUGUAUGUCUCUACUCUGUGACAGAAUAGAGUAAGAGACAUACAGAAGGUCGGCUCAACCAGAGAAGCGUAACUGCGUAGAUGUCUUAUAUACACUAGAUAGCGCAUCUCUUUUAGUAAAUUGAAGCCAAGAAUAUUCCAGCGGUUACCCCCAUUUGAAUAGAUGGCGGCCAUGUUGGAGCUUCCAACUCGCUAAUAAACGCUUAAAAAACAGCAAUAACUUUCAUCAUUUGAAUAGUUUGGAAAUGUAUUUGGAAUAGGUUUAACUUAAUGUUUAAGUUCCCUGUUUAAGAAAUAGAAAACAUACAAAUCUUCUCAUUUCAUGGGAAUAUCCUGAGUCUGCAAUCACGGCUUCAAUUUUUGAAUUGCAGAAUAAUUAGAUGCACUAUCUAGUGUAUAUAAGAUAUCUAUGAACUGCACUCCAUGAUUCGUCAUCAAAAUGCUGUCGCCAUCCCCCCUGAACGUCCGCCAUUUUGAAUAUUUUCAGGGGGUGAAUGCCUCUCAUGAGCGCACUGGCUAGGGCCAUGGCGACAGCAUUGCAACAGUUACGUCAAAAUCAUAGGCAAAACCAAGCAGAGUUGACCUUCUGUAAUCUGUAUGUCUCUAUUCUGUGACAUUACCCUAAAACAAGUGCCAGUACUGUGUACUCAGGCUGAAUGCCACUUUAAUUACACAUAAUACAUUAAAUAUUCGUGAAUCAUAAAAUUACAAAGUCAUCUGAUCUAAAGUAUAUUAUCGUAAUAUAUAUAUAUUCGUGCAAAAUACAACCCCCUACGGUAAUUUAAAGAGUUGUGUAGUGUAAAAUAACAGUAGAUAUGUACUUUUGCUUUAUAAGUAUAGUUUGAUAUUAUUACCAAAAAGUAUAAACAAUAGGUAUAGCCGAAUCUAAUGAUGUGUAUGACCUAAACUCUAUAUUGUUUGAGCUCAGAUGCAUUAGUUUCGGCACAUGAAAAGUUCCGCCCUGUAAAUUAUAUAUUCGUCAAUACAUAGUGAAUGGAUACCGAAAUUUCCCUAAUGCUGCUAUUCUUCGCAAUCAGUGUUAACGGUGAUAUCGGUCAUUUGCUAACAUUGCUUAUUUACGCACUGCUGUCAUUCUUGUUUGAAAUGAUCGUUUAAUGUAUUUUUAAAUAAAAUAUAUGUUAUUUUCUUAUUUUAUGAAAAUUAGUUAAACAGUAUGCGAGAUGGUUGAUAUCGAGCUAUAAAGAAUUCCUCUCUAUUCUUUUUUAUCCCUAUGUGCACAACGUCGUUCCCAGGCUCUCUCCUUGAAUAGCGUGGGAACGAGGUUGAAGGAUACAAGGUGCAAAAAAGCGGACUCACAAGACUGCAUUAAAUUUGAGUUAGGCCUAUAUCCUAUAUCCUUAGAAGCAUAUAUCCCAUUAUAAAUUGGAAAACACGCAGUAGGCAAAAUUGAUUAAAAUUAAUAAAGAUCAGUUAUUUUUUAGCUUAUAUGAUGAAACUCGUAUUCGUAGAACAGCUGUUAUCAUCCUCUUGCAUACUCUACACCUAAAUUCAUCACAUGUGGCAGGGCGGUUAUAAGAUAUAUCUUAUAACCGCCCUGAUUUUAGCUACAUUUACACUGCACCGGAUAGCUUUAGUAGCGACGUGAAAAAACACCUAUCCGUACACUUUACAAGGAACGCUAUUUUUGGAGGAAUUAUAUUGCAACAACGGAGAGAUGUUGUUUCGCUCAGCUUCUGAAAGUUGUACAUUCCGUAUCGGAUAGCUGCUUUUUUACGCUGCCACGGAAAGCCAUCCGGUAUAGUGCAAAUGUAGCCUUAGUUUGAUCGAUAGCUUCUUUUGUAAAAAAAGAUAUAUUUAAAUCAAUAAUUACUACUUCAUUUCAUGUAUUUAAUCUCCAAAUCUAAACAUGAUUAAAAAUAAACAAAACUUUGUGUUGGCUUCCUUUGUUAUCAUAGAUAAAUGCAUAUCAAUUAAGGUACGUUUACAGCAAAACCAGCCAAUUUUAGACCCUACUCCCUCCUUUUUCAUCGUGCAUAUAGUGCGGCAAUUUUUAUUUCGAAUAACAAAGAACGGAUAUGAUGACUUCGACGUUGUGAUAAAGCAUGGAACCCUGUGCAUGCAUGGAUAGCGGCAACAUCCCCCCCCCCUCCAAGCUGGUCUUGUGAAAGGCAGAAAUAUGAAGGGGAGUGAACAUGUUCGUAAUAGUGAUACGCAUUUAUCAAAUUGCCUAAAACAUGUACACAUUUGUACAGUAUGAUGCCUGAGCUAAAUGUGGUAAGAUUCCUUGUCGUUUUUCAUGCUCUGUUCUAAUUGAUCUACAAAAUGAUGCGACUCAAACUAAUUUCUUUGUGGAUAUGGUCUUUCUUCAGAACGGUAGAUUACGAUAGUAGUUUACACGUACAUACAUCUGAAUCUAAAUAUGGUAUCUUUUGCAAAGCUUGGAGUAAUGAUAUGAAAUAGUAUUGCAAUUAAAUGUCGAAAACGAAUCAAACUUCAAUAGCAAGAUACGUAGUUUACGUCUGCUCCUUUUGGAGGUUGGAGAUGAUUAUGUUGACAUAUCUAGUGAACUUGGUGCAUUUCUAUUUUUCUAACUGUUAAGCCCCAUUUCCACUCAAGAAAAAUUUCCACGGACAGAAAAUUUUCCGAAAGUGUCAUUGUUAAAAGUUGAAAAUUUUCAACUUCAAAUUUUUUUUCCGACGGAAAAUUUGUGUUGACCAAUCAUAUUUCACAAAAUUUUCUUUCCGCGGAAAAUUUUCCUGAGUGGAAAUGGUCCUUAACAAUGCAUUGAGCUCACUGGUGAAGCUCUGAAAAAUAUUACGUCUCGAAUAGUAUAUAAUAAUUAUGAAUCACAUAAAGCUUAUUAAUUAUCACCGCUAUAAUAUUUAUGUAUAUAUAUAUAGUUAUCCACACAAUCCCCCCAGAUUAGCUAAAGCUAUUCGCUAUAUCUUUAUGUCUACUGCCUACUGGAAUUAUGAAUUUGAAUAAAAUAUUCAUAUCAUACAUACAUACAUACAUACACGUGCACAAGGACCGAUAUACACGAAAUAAAUACUGUAAUUUCAAAUAUUCACAGUACACUAUAACUGCCACGAUUGAUUGUGAUCAAGUAUUAAAAUGAUUAAGAUCCCCUUCCCUAUAUUAAAUUGUUCAGUGUGCUAUACCAUAGUACUAUAACGGCGUACUUUGUAUGCAUUUCCUCUCAAAUAGCCGUGGCCAUGUCCGUCAUAAUAACUUGAAGAUGACCAGUCUUUCAUUUGAUUUACAGAUUGUUUCACUUCAGAGUACGUUUGAGAUGUUCGUUUGUUGUAUAGAGGUAGUACUUCUGUCGCCUCGCCUAACACAGCCUACAAAUAGCAAAUAAUUUAGUCGUGAAUAUUUCAUGUUGUUAGUACGUGAAUAUUUUUAACUACCA